AUGAUAGGAGACUUUAAAGUGAUAAAAAAAUGUAGCACAACAAAUGCAAGAGUUUCAAAGCUCGAGCUAAAUGAUGUAUGUCUUGAACUGCCUAUAUUUAUGCCUGUAGGGACCUAUGGAGCGAUGAAGGGAAUACGUGUCUCUGACCUCCAAGAGAAAAUGAUCUUGGCAAAUACAUACCACCUUAGGGCAUUGGGGAAAGGCAUCAAGAAGUUUAUGAAGUAUAGGGGAGGGAUGCUAACAGAUUCUGGAGGAUUCCAGAUUGGGAGUCUGCCUGAUGUUGUUGUCACAGAGGAAGGAGUGAAGUUUGGAGCCACAUUGUUUACUCCUGAAGACAGCAUGGACAUACAAAUGAAGCUAGGUGCUGACAUUGUUAUGCAACUUGAUGAUGUUGUAAACCCAUGUGAUACCAAGGAAAAGAUAGAAAUUGCAAUGAGAAGAUCCAUUAGGUGGAUGGACAGAUGCAUCAAUGCAAUCAACAGUCACGGAGUUAAUGGGCAUAAUAAGAAAGUCAAGAGAGAGAUGAAUGUUCCCCAGAUAAAGCUUGACGAGAAGAGCACACAGAUAUUGUUUCCUAUAAUCCAGGGAGGCCUUGACGAAGAGCUAAGAGCAGAAAGCAUUGCAGAAGUUCUCAAAAGAUCUCCAAAAGGUCUUGCAAUAGGUGGACUUAGUGGAGGAGAAGAAAAGUCUGAGUUUGCAAGAGUCGUUCACUUUUGUAUUCAGAAUCUUCCGGAGAAUAUCCCAAGAUAUCUUAUGGGAGUAGGGUAUCCCGAGGACAUUGUGGUAUGUGCAGCGUUAGGAAGUGACAUGUCUGAUUGUGUCUAUCCAACAAGAACUGCUAGGUUUGGAAAGGCUCUUUCUGAUACAGGAGAUAUCUUAUUCACAUCAAAGCUUAAGAAUGAUAAAAGAAGAAUAGACGAGUCUUGCGAUUGCUAUGUGUGUUCUAAAUACUCAAGGGCAUUUAUAUUUUCCAUCAAAGGAACCACCAACUUCUGCAUGCUUCUCUCAGUUCAUAACUUGCAUUACAUGAGGAACCUCACAAGGAGAAUCAGAGAGUCCAUAAUGGAAGAUAAAUAUCCUGAAUUUAUUAAAACCUUCAUGAGAAGAAGAUUCAGAGAAAUACCCGAAUGGAUAAGAAUAGCUCUUAGAAAGGUUGGGGUAGAAGUCUGA